AUGAAGCUUGCCUUCGCACGGCUAGCAAGGGCUCGAGCACCAUGCAUACGCAGCGUUCGCACCUUCUCAACAACAGCAACCCGCUUCCAAUCCCCCGUCCACUCCAUCCCAUACACGGAAUCCUGUCCAGCGCCAACAUGUGCGUGCGCCUCUACACCCGCGGAUCUGGACAUCGACCGCAAGACGCCGCUGCUGAACACGAUGGCGCCGUACGCGGAGCAGGUGCUCAUCUGCACGGGCAAGGAAGACUGGACGAGUAAGCUCGAGGACGAGGGCGGGGCGACUGGCGAGUUUGUCAAGGGGCUGAAGGGCGUGAUAGGCAAAGGCGGGCCGGCAUUCGAUCCAUUCACAAACAUACUCGUAACCGCCUCCUCCCUCCCCGCCUCCCCAAGCCCGGAAACAAGCACAACGGCCUACCUGCUCCCCAGCUUCCUCCGCAUCCCCAACAUCCCCCACACACCGACUGCCUUCACCGCGCUCGCCUCGGCGUACCUAAAACCCACCAGCCUACACCCCCUGCACGCGGCCCUCUCCCCCACCCAAAAAGCAGCCUUGCUCCGCGACGCCUCUCAGUCCGCCCUCCUGCCCCCCGCGGAGACCAUCACCCACCCACUGAUCCUCAUAUGCGGCCACGGCGGUCGCGACGCCCGCUGCGGCGUGCUGGGACCCUUGCUGCAACGCGCGUUCCGCGCCGAGCUGAAGCGGCGGGGGAUCGCAGCGGAGGUAGCGCAGAUCAGCCACAUUGGGGGCCACAAGUUCGCGGGGAACGUGGUGGUGUACGUGCCGGGUGGGUGGCGGGCGAGGGCGAGGGCGAGGGCGGAGGGGGAGGGGGAGGAGAGCGGCGUGAGUGCGCUGCAAGGGUGUGGGAUCUGGUACGGACGCGUGGGACCGGCGCAGGUGGAGGGGUUGGUGGAGGAGACGCUGGUGAGGGGGCGGGUCGUGGGGGAGUUGUUGAGAGGCGGCGUGGUGCGCGGCGCUGCUGGUGCUGGUGCUGCUGGCGGGGGGGAUAUCGGGAGGAGGAUCGAGGCGCAGAGGAGGGCGGCGAGAGCGAGGGCGGGUGCUUGA